AUGCGAUCGCAGCUGGGGAGCUUGGGUCACGGCCUGGCGCAAAAGGUGGACCAGCUCGUGGGGGCCUCGACGACCUCGGGGCACCUGGUUGGAAUACCUGUGCUCCUGGGCUCUUGCUUGGAUAGCUGGAGGUUCAUGACUACUGCGAUGCAGAAAAUCACCAGAAUAGGUGAGCAGCUCGAGCACAAGGCCGCAACUGGGCGCCUGGAUCAGCUCGAGGAGAGGCUGAGCAAGGUGCUCCAGGGCAUCGAGCGAAAGGCGGAGGACAUGGCCUUGCGGAGGCUUGAGGAGCAGGUGAUCGUCCUCGGCGAAGGUGUGGAGGGCAAGGCCGAGCGCAACGAGCUCCAGAAAGCCCAAGAGAAGCUGCAGGUGUUGCGUCGUCGCGGUCUGCAACAGUAUGUGGGAGUGCUCAGCUUGACGACGGAAGUGAUUAUGGCAACUCGUUCGUUUCUGUUGGUCGCGGGUUUGUCCUUGACCAUGACAACCGAGAUCAGUUGCACGUUUCGCUGCAAGGCGGUCAUCACUGAUGUGGAUGGGACACUAAUGCCCUUUGGCACUAACACGAAGAUUUCGGAGACAAACCAGCUUGCUUUGAAGAAAGCAUUCGAUGAGGGCUUGGCCGUUUGUGUAGCUACUGGCCGUAUCCCCGGCCCUUGGUAUGAUGAGCUUUGUGCCCAAGUUCCUUUGGGACCGGGGGUCUUUGCCAAUGGCGCUCUCGUGCUGGAGCCAUCUCCAGGUCCAUCUUCACCGAGGAUCCUUGCAGCCUCGAGCUUGCCUGCUUCUGCAAUGCAGACCGUUCUAGAAGAGACUUCCGGAGGGCGUUUUGGCGGGCUCCGCAUUUUGGUGCUGGCUGCCACCACGUGGGAGGGAUCCCUGCGCUAUGUGGAGCUUGCGCCGGAAGGCCCCACUUGGGCCACCGACCUCAUCAGAAGUGCCGGGGAACCGGAGACGGUACUGCUUCCGACGCUGAAACCACUGAGGGACGUGUACAAGUUUGUUCUCUUCACCCUUCCCAAGGAGGAAGGCUGGGCAGCAAUGGCAGACGUUGUAGACUCAUUUCAAAGGUCGCUGGCAGGCACCGGCGUAACGGUUCUCGACUGUGGCGCUCGACAAUGUGAGAUACUGCCUCCUGGGGUAAACAAAGGCUCCGGAGUGAAGAAGUUGCUCGAGGUCCUUGGCUUGAGUCUGGACUCCGCUUUGGCCUGCGGGGAUGCGGAGAACGAUGUCGAGAUGUUGGAGAUGGUAGGCUUGGGCAUCGCUGUGGGCGACGGGAAGCCCAAGGCAUUGGCCGCUGCUGAUAUUGUCGUGAGCCCGAGCACUCAAGAUGGUGUUGCUGAAGCCAUUGACUUUGCACUUGGGCGACUUGCACGGGACGAAGCUCCAGAUUCGCUGUUGUCGGCCUGA